UAAGUGAUUCAAUCGAACCUAAAAAACCGGAAUUGAAUUGAAUAUUGAAUUGAGGUUAGGUUUUUUGCUGAGAUUUGCAGAUUUAAGACCAUCGUUAUUUUUUCCGCUUUAAACAAGAAAUGAUGUCUCGUUUAAACGGUUCAUCUUUGUAAUAAGUAAACGUCACCGUUCCGGAUAAAAAUCAUUUCAUCGCGUGUACCCAUUAGCUUUAAUUAUAAUAAUCGCCCCCUAAUUUCGUUCUAAAUUAUCUCUUUGAAGAGGAUAAGUUACUGUUAAGAUCCUAAACAAAUCUUUCUAACACAAGAAUGGCAGCGAACCAAACUUACAAGCCGUCGGAGAGUAAACGAGAAGAAUUUAGGAGGUAUUUAGAAAAAACGGGUGUUAUGGAUGCGCUCACAAAGGCUUUGGUUAGUUUAUACGAAGAACCGGAUAAACCAGCUGAUGCUUUAAUGUAUUUAUUGAAUAAGCUUGCCCUACAAACGGGUGGCGAAACGCUUGAUUCAAUAAAGAAGCGCUUACAAGAAUCCACUGAUAAAUUGGAUGCUUUGCAAAAGGAGAAUGAUGCAUUAAAAAGUGGAAAUGGAGCACCAGAUCCUGACGCUCCCCCUCCUCCUGAUGCACCCGCAGAUGCCCCUCCUGAUGCCCCAGCAGAUGCACCACCACCUGAUGCCCCUGCAGAUGAUGCUCCCCCAGCAUAAUUCUAAGACACAUUAUUAUUGACAAAAAGGAAAAAAGGAAUAAUGUUUCAUUUCCAAUAAAAUAAAAAAGAGUAUUAUUAUUAAUUUUUUUUUAAUCAGCAUAUAUUUUUUGUUUUUGUUAAUAUUUCUUCUUAUUAUUAUUAUUAUUGACACAAAUAAAACGGCUUUGUUUAAA